AUUAGCGAAUCGAAACACCUAUUUUUCCGACUCCAUCGAUCGAUCACCACAAUUUCAAAACAAAAGAGAAAAAAAUUAAAGAUGAUCAGAAAUUUGGUUUCCGUGAUGAUGUUCUUAAUCUUGAUAACUACUCCCAUAAUAAAUGGCGGCAGCGAUUUGGUAGAAAGCACCUGCAAGAGAACACCAAAUUACGAUCUGUGCGUGAAAGUUAUAUCGGCGGACCCUCGGUCCCGAGGAACAGACGACAUCACGACGCUAGCAAUCAUCAUGGUUGACGCCAUCAAGGCCAAGUCCCAGGAAACCGCAAGUAUGAUCAAUAAUCUGCAGAAAACCAGAGAGGAUCUAAAAACAGCGUUAGAAGAAUGCGCCUUCGAUUACAAGGCCAUUCUCACAGCGUCUAUCCCGGAAGCUUACGAGGCACUGACGAAAGGGAUUCCCAAAUUUGCAGAAAAAGGGGUGGUGGCCUCAUCUGGGUCGGCGCAGCAGUGUGAGCUAGGUUUCCAGAAAUCUCAAUCCCCACUCACUGCGCUCAACACACAGGUGCAUCAUCUCUCCGAUGUGGCCAAAGCUAUUAUCAGGAUUUUACUUUAAAACAAUAUAUGUAAUGCAUGCUAGCUAGUUAAUUGCCGGCCUCUUCAUCAUUUCUUAAAUAUAUAUAUAAUGUACCAUACAUAUAGUAAUGCAAUAAUGUAUGUUAUGCCGCAUAUCGUCAAUUCAAGAUCAGAAUCGCCUUUAA